UUUGAGGUUAGAUCCACUGUCGAAAAUGAAUCAAAAAUAGAUGAUUCGAACGAAGAAGACAAAGAAAAUACGAAGGAAGACAAUGAAGAAAUUGAUAAAGCAUCCUCAGAUGACGUGACAAUGGUCACAACUUCCGAGAACGACGAAAACAGGAAAUAUGAAAUUCGUAAAGACGAAGAUCAUCGAACUGAAGGUCGGCAGAAUCAUCGGGAGUCGCCUGAAAGUGCAGAGGAUAGUUCUGAAAGGUAUAAAAAGUAUGAAGAUAAGGGAUACAGAAGAUACGCGCACAAGUAUAAUGAUAAAGUGGAGGAGGAGGAGGAGGAGGAUGUUGUAAGCGAUGGCACGCACGAUAAUGAAAGUCAUCAGAGUGCGAAGGAGGGUGCAGCAGAUGACGCAAGUGGGAAGGGUGGUGAGAAGAAAUUUGAGAAGGGUGGAGCCACGGAACAUGAACAGGGACAUCAUAAGAGCGAGGGUGAGAAGGAAAAGAAGGUCUAUAAAAGCUGGGACGAGAACGAGAGAGCCAAUAAGGGUUAUCAAGACAAGGAACGGCAGAGCAAUUAUUACGAUGAGAAGGAUGGCGAUGAGAAAGAGCACAAGGAAGAGGGUGGUUACCACGAGGAGCAUCAGAAGGGCGAGAAAGGCGAGAAACAGGCGGAAUUCGACGAGAAGGGUGAGCAUCAAAAGGGUUACAAUACCAAAGGACAACACUCGGUGCACGAAAAGGACGAGUUUGAAAAGCGAACGGAAUUCUUCGACGAAUUUCACGAAGAUGGGGAUAUGGAGAAGGAAGGUGAGCUGUAUGGCGAGCACAAAAUGUCCAAGGGUGGCCAUUAUAAAUCGGGACACCAUAACGAAGGCGACGAGGAGGGAAAGUACGGUAAAGAAGGCAAGUACGCGAAAGGCGAUCACCAUUAUGAGGACAAAGGUCAUAAGGUUAACGAGGGCAAGGAUAGUCACCACGAAUAUAAAAGUAUGCACGGGAAAAAGAAAGAUCAUAAAGAUGGCAAGAAAUGGUCGUACAAGAAGGGUGACGAUGAAAAAGCUGGUGAGAAGAAUCAUUGAUUCUUUGAUAAUUGCAGAGAUUCUAUUUUUUAUUAUUAUAAGAAAUUAAAUUCUUAAAUUUGACAGAGAGAUACUGACAAAUUUAGGUUUAAGUAUUCGUGCCAAU